CAUAUACCUAUGUAUCUUCUGUACUACCUACCACCUACCCACCUGCUAACCCAUUUUCUGUAAUUCACCAUUCGACAUCGUGCCUUUGGUUUUUUGUCUGCUGCUGCUUUCGAAUUCUGUUUCUUUAUUGAACCGAUUCUCGUUUGACAUUUCGAAUUUUCUCCAAUUGCUGAAUCCACGCGCGCCCUGGCAUGGAAUUGCCGGCAUGCUACCCUUUGUGGUGCAGAAUGCCACCAAAACUCUCCGGCUGAGCAUCUGCUUCUCGUCACAAGCCCCCUCCAUCACAUCAACCACAACCGCCACAGCAGGCCGGAGACCUCGACCGCGCGCUAUCCAUGGGUUACGCAUUGACCAGAGUGGCCUUGGGCGCCCCAAGAACCAGAGAUACACACACACAACCGCAAAGUGGAGGCCUGUACAGGCCCUUGACGAAUGGGUAGCGAAAGAGGCACGGCCGAUAAGCUUGCGACAGCUGAUGGUUUUCGGGCGGUCUUUGACGGAAGCAAGACUCAUCAGCUCAGCCAACUAUGUACGAACCGAACUUCCCACAAGAAUCGCCCACCGCAUCCGUGAUAUGCAACGCCUUCCCUACGUGGUUGUGACGAACCGACACAUAAGCGAUGUUUACGAACUAUAUUAUACAGCCUUUGACACCUUCCGGCGUGUCAAGGAAAUCAAAACUCUAGAGGACAAUGAUAAGCUCUGCUCUAUUAUUGCAGGCAUGCUGCGUGCCCAUCUGAGUGUGAUCCCCAAGCUGGCCAUGGGUAUUCUGGAGUGUAACGGACUCAUGCCCGCAGCCGAUCUUGAUCGCUUCAUGAACACUAUCUUACGAUCGCGAAUCUCCCGGCGUGUCAUAGCUGAACAACACCUUGCAUUGACCGAAACAUUCAACUCAGACUGGUUCUCACCAGGUGCCAAGCUCUCUGAAUCCGAGUUCAUUGGGGAAGUGUUUCUCAAAUGCGUGGCCCGAGAUGUCGUCGAGCGUUGCGGACGGGCCGUCCAAAAAUUAGUACGCUCAGCCUACGGGGCCGAUGCUGCGAUUCCCGAGAUUCGCAUCGACGGAGAUCUGGAAGUUAGUUUUCCUUACAUUCUGAGCCACCUCGAGUUCAUCAUCGGAGAGCUGCUGCGCAAUUCGGUGCAGGCGGUAGCUGAGCACCACAGCAAGAAGCCCAACAAGAACGGCGAGAAACCCCCGCCCAUCGAGGUGACGCUCUGCGAGGCCCAGCAACACGUCAUAAUCCGAAUCUCGGACCGCGGCGGUGGAAUCUCGCGAGACACGCUCCCACACCUCUGGUCCUUCGGAAAGGGGCCCUCGACGCCUCAGCGCCUAGAGAGUCUAGGCCAGGUUCCCUUAAUGGCGGCAACGCUCCAGGAACUCCGCAUUGACGGCAACUUCUCCGACCUGCAAAACAUGUUCCCCGACAGACAUGCCCCCACGGACCCAAGCUCCUAUAACUCCGAGUGCCACAACGGCUCGCUGACGACGCUCUCCGGACGGCCGCCAAACCUGCAUCUCGGCAUAAGCCUGCCGCUAAGCCGCGUAUACGCCGAAUACUGGGCCGGCAGUCUAGAGCUGCAUAGCUUAGAGGGCUACGGCGUCGACGCUUUCUUGCAGAUUUCAAAACUCGGCAACAAAAACGAACAACUAGCUACAAGAGCCGCCAUGGAUGCUGUCUAGUCGUAGACGGACAUAUUCCUCUGUAAACGCUAAAUAUAUAUAAACUUAGUCCAAGCACAGCUUGAGCCAUGAAAUAACUAGGGCGGAAAUGAGAGCAAUGCAUAUAUAUAUACCCCCUUAUUGAUAGAAGCUUGAACGCCUUCAACUGUCAGAAUCAAAUGAUCUUUCAGUUCUCUCUUUAGACGAUAUACGCCAGAAUCAUAACAUUUAUCACGCA